UUCCGGAUAACUGACCUUCGUCAAGAAGAAGAAGAAGGACUUUUUAGAUUCUGAUUGGGAAUACAGUACACUCAAUUCGAUAUUUCACCAUAAAAAUGCAAAGUGUAAUCAACAAUAUCAAGGGUCACGCUCUUGGUGUUGCUGGACUCCUAACUCCAAUUUUAAAGGAGUCAAAGUUUAAAGAAACAGGAGUUUUGACCCCAGAGGAGUUUGAAGCAGCUGGAGACCAUAUUGUGCAUCACUGUCCAACAUGGAAGUGGUCAGCGGGAGAUCCAAGCAAAUCUAAACCAUAUUUACCAAAAGACAAACAGUUUCUCGUCACAAAAAAUGUGCCUUGCCAUAAGCGAUGUAAACAGAUGGAAUACCAAGAAGACUAUGAAGCUAUCAUAGAGGUAGAUGAUGGUGAUGGUGGCUGGGUGGAUACUCAUCACAAUGCAGGCGUUUCCAUGCCUGUAUCAGACUUGGAACCACAACACUGUAUUGAUUUGAAUUAUUACACAUUACUUGCUUCAGGCGUUUCCAUGCCUGUAUCAGACUUGGAACCACAACAAAAAGAAAUUGCAUCAUCCUUACCAAGCACAGAGAUUCAAAGUAAUAAUGAUGAUGACUUUGACGAUGAUGAAGAGGCUGCAGAUAUGGACGAAUAUGUUGGUAGUGGAAAGUUGGAAGAUGACGACGAUGAUGCAACUUUGGAUGCGAAUGCAGCAAGUGGUAAUACAGCAUCUAGUGAGGGCGCUAUUGGUGGCAAUGAUAAUGGUAUUCUUCAGACGAGGACGUACGACUUAAACAUCACUUAUGACAAAUAUUACCAAACACCAAGACUUUGGUUAUAUGGUUAUGAUGAGAAUCGUAAACCACUUACAGUCGAACAAAUGUAUGAAGAUAUCAGUCAAGAUCAUGCCAAGAAAACUGUAACCAUGGAAACUCAUCCACAUUUACCACAGACAAUGUGUUCUGUACAUCCAUGCAGACAUGCAGAUGUGAUGAAGAAGAUUAUUCACACUGUAGCUGACGGAGGAGGAGAGCUCGGAGUUCAUUUAUAUCUUUUGAUUUUCUUAAAGUUUGUUCAAGCAGUGAUUCCUACCAUAGAAUAUGAUUAUACACGACACUUCACAAUGUAGGUAGGCAGUAUGGAUCCUGAAGCGAUCGACUCUCGAUGUUGCCAAUUUCAAUUAUACUUCCCGAUCCCAAAAUGGUGGCUAUGGCACUUUGUGCAUUCCCUUAAUCAUUUAAAAUGCUGGAUUCAUUCUUGACAGUAAGAUUAAUAAUGAAAUAUAUAUAAGCAAAGAGUAUAGAACUGCAAGUGGUCUGACUCUCGGGCUUUCGUUGGAAUGCAAUCCUAUCUCAAAAAGUACUACCACUAUUAUAACUAGAGGGCGUCCUUCAAAAGAACGUAAAAGGCAUUCGUAUCAAUUUUGUGCUGCAUGUAUAGAAUGCUUGUUCGACUUUCAAACUAUUCAUAUUUGAAUAGAGCGCCCCCUAUCUCAUUGUAGUACUUUUUUUCGUGCAUACGUUUCAUUGCGUGCAUACAAAAUCAGGGCAGUCGGACCUUUUUUUGCAAUUCUCUACUCUUUGAUAUAAUAGGGGCCCAAGUCUCCGGCAAGCAGCAGGAGUCUUCCGGAUUAUCUCUAUGGCCUCCCACACUAUAUCACAACCGGGAAAAAAUCACCUGGAAAAUAGCCCAUUUCUUGCAAAUACAUUAAAUAUGCAUGUUUUUAAUACUGUAUUACACGUUUCUUACUAUUUGGCUCACGGAAGUCAGUGUCGAUUGGUAUCACCAUACUCAUCAAAAUAAAUUUAGAUGUGCUAAGAAAGCUUGUUUAAACAACAGGGGCUGAUCCAGUAGGGGGUCCCCCCAUGAACAAAUCUCCCAGAAAUUACUUUUCCAACUUGGGACUCCUGCAGUAAGCACUAUAAUAGUACUUGUGUGUUCAAGGGUUUUGUGGCUAAAUCCAGUUUCAAGUAAUAUGUGUCUGAAAAAUGUAAAACUGGAGUUAUGUAUAUAUGGGAUGCUCCAGCUUUCAAAGGUUCUAUUAACAUUUCACAAAGUUAUGCAAACUGAUAAUGUUCAUGAAUAACAUUUGUUUAAAUGCAAUUUUGAUGGUGUUAUAGUAUGAGGACCACAUUAUUAAAGUCAUAUAUAGAAUAGAUAUCUGUUGUACUUUUGUGCUUAGCCAAAAUUUAAUAAAAUAAAAUACAAUAAAAUAAGUUACAUUAUAUAUCUAUUCAUUAUUCUGAUAUGAAAUUCAUGGCAUAAUUGUGACCAGAGCUGGCAAAACCGGCCAUUUGUAGAAUACAAUCCUAAAUUGAGUCUUCAGUGUUUUUAGAUUCUGCAUGAAUUCGUACUUAAAACAGUGUUUAUUUGAUGGGAAUUGGUUGAAUAUUAGCAAAGUUAUGAGUAUUUACUUCAUUGGAUAUCAGCCAUGUAGGUUUUGAGAAAACAGCUUCCAAAUAUUCCAAAAUCAAUAGUUUAUUGUCAAAAUUUGUAUUUUCAAAAAUAAACUUAAUAAACUUUUCAGUUAAAUUUAGUGAUUGAUAUUUUGCAGAAAUGUUCUUCAGUGUAUCUGCUUUUACAAAAUGCAAAAACCUAAAAAUUUUCAAAAUUCUCAUCUCAAAUCUUUUGAGUACUUUAUUAUAAAUUGCGGCAAAUGGCGGGGUUUUGCCAGAGCUGUCACAAUUAAUGGAAUAUCAAAUAUUGAAUUGAACAGUGACAUAAAACAAAAACAAUAAGUUUGGGCAGCUUUGGUUUUAGUAAUUAAAUAUGCACACAAGGCUGUCAUUUUCUAUACAGAUUUAAGGGUUCAUAAUUGGGCAGAGUUGUUAAAUAUUUUUAUUUCAGAAUUGGAAAACAUGAAAAUGCAUUAAAUAAUUGAUCUAUGUAUCUAAUCUAGGCUGUUAGCUUGAAUUUCAAAACUCUGAUAUAGAGAGGUUAUUAUAUUACAGAUUGCAAACUUUUUUUUCAUUUUCUUUAAAAUUACUUUCAAACAUAGCAAUUUGUUAUCAUAUCAUAUUUUUUAGUAAUCGUGUAGUGUAUCAGUUUUAAAAUGUAACCUAAUAAGGAUAUUAGUAUCCUUACAUGAUUAUCUCAUGUAUUCAUAUUAUUUCAACUUAUUCUGUUAAUUAAUUUAUGUUUAUUUACAAAUUUGUAAUACUUUCAAGUUUAACUGUGAACAACAUGUCUUCCUCAAAGAAUAUUAUUAAUAUAUUGUUUAUCAUAAGUAUCUAUUAUCUUAGUGUGUAUGACUGAAACAUAUAUUUCUUUAAUUAAUUUGUAUGGGAUUUGUAUCAUACAUAGCAUAAUGGUCUAUGUAUUGUCACAGCCCCAUCCAUCCUAUUCAUUGUAUAUUUACGUGAUUGAAUACAGUACACCAUGUCUAUACACACGUACACCUUUUCCAAUGUAGUUCUAGCAUAUAUAUUCAGGGGGAAAUCAGGGUUCUCACAGUCUUCUUACAGUCUACAGUGGGACCACCAGGCCCAAGUCACUCCUGGCAGUAGAGAAAGUGGGAAAUUUUGUACCACUUUAAAAGCUGUUCUGAAUACUUUUAGAAUGUAUUAUGCCAAAAAAUUAACCCAAUAGGAAGGGGACAUAGCCUAUUACAUGGUGUAUUUAUAACCCUGCCUCCCGGCUGGCUCUUUAACUACACUGAUGUAUAUUAUAGAGUAAUUUUCACAAGCAUGCACUAAUGACCAGUAACUGGUGUAGACCUAUGAACACAGAUUCUUGUGUCCUCUGAUUUAUGUACACUGGUGCAUAGUAAUGUUGACCUAUCGCUGGUGUCUACAUAUGCAUAGCCUUACAUCUGUGCACUAAUUUUAAUUUGUACACUGUGAUUUCUUCUAAUCUAAACAUAUGUACACUGAUAUAGACUAGUGCAUGGUGAUGUUGGCUGCUGUCAACUGGGGUAUACUGGUUUUCAAAAUAUUGGAAUAUAUUUAAAUUAAGAUUAAGUGCAAUUAUGUGUAGAUGAUAUGAUGUUGUAAAUGAUGUUCGAAGUAAAAGCACUUGAUUUAAACAAUUUCGCUUGAGUAUUUAAAAGCACAUUCCUCUAAAGCAAUUAAGCAAGUUUCUGAAUAAUAUGGUUAAUGCAUAGCACAGUUCAAGUAAUGGUACACCUAUCAUCUAUUGUAUUUAAAAUAAAAGAACCCAUUUAAAAUAUACUGAUUUUGAGAAAUCCAAUAAACAGUAGGUGAAGUUCCUACAAAUAUUGUUAU